CAAGUCUCUACGAGCAUCUAUAGGUGUUCCGGUCAACGGUUUAGUAGCAUCGAGCCUCGACCAAGAUAAUAAAGAGCCAUAGCUUGGCUCAAAGGCCGCUUAUAGUUAUUGUUUGUACCAGUAAGGCUGUGCUUCUUUAGACUAUAAGAACAUAUUUUUUACUAGCCCACGCCCACGAUAAACAAGCAAAUAGCAAGUGCCUAUUGUCUAAAAUUAAUACUAAUUUUAGUCUUAACUUUUAUUAUAAAUGCGAGUGUGUGUUUGUUUGUUACGCUUUUUUGCCGUGUGUCGGUAAAAGUGAUGGCAAAAGAAAUGCAUGUUUAUCGGUCUCCGUUUACUGUUCAACUGAUUUUAUAGUUUACAAAAUGCUUGAGCUAAAAAUAUACAAGUCAAUGUGGUUUGUGUUACGUACAAUUGCGUUGUCAACUUAUGGAUAAGCUACAAACUAAAUAAUACUGUGGACACGCUAUACACUAUUGUCUGAAAUCUAUACCAACUUUAGUCCUAACUAUCAUUAUAAAUGCGAGUGUGAGGUAGUUUGUUACGCAUUUACGCCUGCUUAUAAAAUUUAACAAGUACAAAUUAUAAAUUAUGAAAAAACCCUCGAAGUGUAUGAAAUUAUCUAGAAAUUACUUCCAUAUAAUUUAAACUUUUAAGUUUAAAUGGUGUUUCAAUAUGUAAGCUACAAAGUUCAUUUGAAAAAAAACCGCAUUUCUGCAUUAUCAUAUGCUAUAUUUUAUGCGUAUUCCCACGUAUACGAAAACUACGCAUACCCACGGGAACGAAAACUACGCCGAUGAAACCACGGUGGUCAGCUAGUAUAGGUAGUAUAAGUGAGAACGUAACUCGUAACUGCGUUUAAUUUGUUAGGUACCUAAAGGCUUGCUUAAACCACUGCACUGCGUCAACUUUGGUUGAUAUUAUUAGGUAACUUGCCCGGGUAAGGAGGCUAAGCCUCCAGGCCUGUAUCUACCCCUCACGAGGUUUUCGUCUGGGAUCAGGGUACCUACUAUCAACUAUUAUAGCGACUCAAUUAAAGACCUAAACUGAACUGCUUUGCUUUUUCCUACCAUGAAGUCCUAUAACCGACCAAUUGACGCUGUCACGCAAUAAAAACCUAAAUUGAUCCGCUAACGGCAUCCAUUCAGUCUGUUUUUCGUACUGUGAACUUCUAAUGUAACCUAAACUGAAUCGUUAUACUGUCAAAGUGAGCCGACCAAAUAAAGUUACUUUUAUUGUGGCUUGAACUGAAUCGCUUUCACAUAAUUUAUAUUAUUUAAUUGAAUAUAAAUUAGUUAGUAGCAAGUACUUUGCUUAGAAAUACUUUUUUGAACAGUGUUAUAAUGUCUGAUGAACUAAUAAUCUUUGAAUUUCUGGAAUACGACAAUGAAAUAAACACUGAGCGUAAACAAAGAAGACGCUUCAUACGGGAACAAUCGGAUCCUUUCAGUUUGGAGGAUACGGAAUUUAUUAGACGGUAUCGUCUUUCUAAGGAAUUGGUGAUAAAUCUAUGUGCCGAAUUACAGCCAAUGAUUAAAAAACCGACAAAAUCGACAGAUUUGUCGAUAGAAACAAAGGUUUUGACUGCAUUGUCUUUUUACGCAACAGGGUCAUAUCAAAGGCCAAUAGGAGACAUUACCGCUCAUUCAAUGGCACAGCAAACAGUUUCUGCAGUCAUAGCUGAGGUUACUAGGUGCAUUGAUACCCCUGCGAUGAGAAGGAAAUACAUUUCUUUCCCUAAUUCCUUAGAAGAGAGAAAUAAAGUUAGAACAAGGUUUUAUCAAAAAUUUAAUUUUCCUGGGAUACUUGGCUGCAUUGACUGUACACAGGUUGCAAUCAUUAGACCGUCUCAAAAUGAAGAAAGGUUUUAUUGUAGGAAGCACUAUCACUCAUUAAAUGUUCAGUUGAUUUGUGAUGCUGAUAUGAAUAUAACAAGUGUUGACGCUAGUUAUGGUGGUGCCACCCAUGAUUCAUUUAUUUGGAAUGUUCAUCCUUUAAAAUUAUUCUUAGAAAAUCUUGAUGAAACAACAUGGUUACUGGCUGAUUCAGGUUACCCAUUGAGGAAAUACAUGAUGACACCCAUUGUCAAUGCUCUUCCUGACACACCAGAGAAACAUUACACAGAUUUACAAAUAAGAACCAGGAAUGUAAUUGAAAGGACAAUUGGACUCUUAAAAGCUCGUUUUCGAUGUCUUUUAGUGCAUAGAGUAUUGCAUUAUCAACCAAGAGUUGCAGCUUCCAUAGUGAAUACUUGUGUAAUUUUACAUAAUAUUUGCAACAAAGCAAAUAUGCCUGUUUCUAUGCUGAGCAACGAAGAUGUGCUGCAAGAGGCCCAAAUGCAGUUAAGUUCAACUAACAAUGAACACACUGUUAACAAUAACCAAGGUCUACAGUUCGGUGUUAACUGCAGAAAUAACCUUAUACUUCAUCUCUGGGACGCUCGACAUACCUAAAACAAUAAGUUUAUAUUUAAUAUAAAAUAAUUGUAACAUAACUUUAAGAUUUUGUAAAGUGGUCAUGUUGAUAACAUUGUAUUCAGAAAUAAUAAUGUAUGUCAUGCGCGUAUUGUGAGAAGGUUCCUCACUCUGGGGCCCUAACCACAGGUUGCUUCGGCACUCAAAUGUCCCGCGGUUAUUUUUAUUAUACAUUUUCAAUAGUUUUAGAAUUUAAAUAAACUAUCGUGAGUUAUUCAUAUUAAUUGAUUAUAUAACACGACUAAAACUCACGUGAUAUUCAUUCACGGAUGUCCGACUUUGACGUUGUAUCAUAUGAGUUUUAGCUGUAUUUCAUAAUCAAUUAAUAUUUUUAUAGUGUUUUGUAUUUUAUAUAUUUAACAUUAUUGAAAUUAAAAAAGGGCAAAUGAAUAGUAGUAUUUAAGUUCCUAAUUUUAUAAUAUUGUAUGUACCUAAAUUACAUUUAGUGUUGAGUAAGUAGUUUAUUUUUAAAUUAUCUAGUACACGUUUAAGCAUAAUUUGUAGUUUUUAUGCAUAGUUGUAGUUGUUGUAUAGUAUAUUUUUAAUUUACUUACUUGCAUUGUAAAAAUGAAUAUCUAAUUUUAAUAUAAAAAUACAUAAUUAUAAACAGUCA